AUGGUAGAACUAUACUGCGAACUGCUUCUCGCGCGCGCGAAUCUCCUCGAUCAAUCAGCCUUCGGGGAGAAAGGCGCGCGCGCGAGAAGUAGAGCCAGGGAGGAAGCCCAGAGACAACAACAACAACAACAACAUGCCUCGACCACUGCGUCAUCAUCAUCUGCUGCAGGGAAAAGUUCCUCCGGGUCGGGGUUCUCGUUCUGGGGAUUCGGUGGUCGGAAACAGACACAUCAUGAUCCGCGACCAGAACCGGAAGUACCAGGUGGGGAAGUAGGAGGGGAAAAAGAAGGCUACAUUGAUCCGGCGCUCGAUGAGGCCGCGGCGGUGAUAUUCUACUCGUAUGCGCGGUUCCCGCAUGAUGUUCGGGAGAUGACUAUCCUGCGGGGAUUGCUUACGGAUAGAUGGGGGAAGGAUUUUAUGAUGCUGGCGCAGGAGAAUAAGUUGGAGGAUGUGAAGGUUCCGGAACGGUUGGUUAGAGGGUUACGUGUGAAGCCGCCGUCGGAGGAGUUGGUGGAGAGUUAUCUUGUGGAGAUUGCGAGGGCGUAUGGGGUUACUUGGCCUGAUGGGUCUCAUGAUGCGCCGGAGGGGGAUGUGCCGAGUUUUGUUGAUGAGGGGGCGGGAGGGGAUGAAGGGGAUGAUGGUGGGGAGGAUGAUGAGGGGGAUAUGAAGUUGCCGUCUACCCCGAGGAAGAUUGGCCAGUCUGGUGAUAGUGAGGAGGCGCGACGGGCAUCCGAGACGCUGGAGUUGAAUAAGGCGACGCCGCCGCGGGGGCUAUAUUCUGAGGGAAAGAGUCCGGUGAGUGUGGCACCGCCGGGGCCCAGGGUGGAUAAUUUGCAUCCGAAGGUGAAGGUGCCCGGGGAGGAAGAUGUGUCUAAAGAGGCCAGCAAGUCGAAGCCGGCGAAGAGUGACAUACCCGAGUUGGAUGAGUUGACGAGACGGUUUGCGGCGUUGAGACGGUGA